AUGGGUCUCAUGGUCCUGACCGCCCUCGCACAGCUGUUUUCUUUCCACAGUCGCCCCGACUCUAGGCAGCGCGAUCCCGAGAAGGCCGAGAGUUCCACAGCACCGAAGGUCAAUAUCAGCAGCCCGGUUCCCAAUGUCACCCAGCCGGUGAUCGACGUACAUCGGCCUGUGCAGAUCCAGGAGCCCCCCGAGAUCAUCAAUCCCGACGCGUAUCGCGCCGAUGGGCGUACGAACUAUUUUUCUGACGACGACAAUGACGAGGAGGAUGAGCCCACCCGCGACAUCCACCGUGACCGGCGCUUCCACCGCUUCGCCACCUGGACGACCACUACGAGUGCACGUUCCUUUACUUUCGCGAGCGUGCCCUUUAGGCGAACCUUCACGGGCGCGACCACCGCGACCGUUCUUCCAUGGUAUCUCAAGUUGAAGUCGUACAUAUUGCCCAGCGGGGUUACAUCCUCAGAGCUCGAGCAUUUCGUGCCUAAUUACCGCUGGUCGCCCAUCAUCUCCGGCGUACUCAUCCCGUUUGCCAUUCUCCUCGAGAUUCCUGGCUUGACGGAGCGGUGGUACAUCCAGACGCUGAACAACAAGACCGUCCAGACGAGGCCGAACCCCGUCCUUCUUGACGUUGGUAUGGCGCUUUCGAUUGCGUGCGCUCUCAUCGCAAAUAUUUGUCUGAUCCUUCGGUUUCUUGAGCAUCGCAUCAAGCUCGUCACCGUACUCUGUAUCUUAUUUCUAACCCUGCACGAUAUUAUUAACAUUUGUGCCGUCACUAUCUUCGGCGUCGAGCAUAGAAACAACGAUGGGUUUACUUACGGGCAGGCGUUCUGGAUGACGCUAUGCUCUACGAUCGCGUCCACUAUCACCAACGUGGGGCUGAUAUACGACCUAGCUCGCACUCCCGACUUCACGAACAGCGGCAGCGGACUCACACGGAAACAACGGGCUCUGGUGAUCAUCGAGAUUAUACUGCUACUAUACGUUGCAUUCGGUGCGGCGAUCAACUCCAUCCUGCUGCACCUGUCAUAUAUCGACGGCCUUUACUUCACCGUCGUGUCCAUCGAGACAAUCGGGUUCGGGGACAUCAAGCCAAACGGCACCGGCUCGCGCGUCUUCAUCUGCUUCUACAUUGCGUUCGGCAUCCUCAAUAUCGGGUUGUUCGUCGCUAUGUGUCGCGAGACAAUCUUCGAGGGGCUCGAACUGGGUUACCGGAAGAGAGUGCUGAACAUGAGGCAGCGCCGCCACGAGGUACGGCGCUAUCGUCGGUGGGAGAAGCGCUGGCGGCGGGCGGUAGAAUGGCGGCUGAAGAAGAACGGCCAGCCGGUGUGGGUACCCAACAGCCUCAUCCAGCACGACAGCCCGCGCUUCGUCGGUCUUCGCGGGCUGGACGGCUCGAGCCAGCGGAGCUGGGCGUCCCGCAUGUGGUUGGCCCUUGGGUGCGGAGGAAGAGCGGAGGCCGAUUUCAUCCCGUUUUCCGUCAUUGGGCACCCGCGGGGGAAGCAUCUCAACAUCCACGCACUCUCGGACGCGCAGCUUGAGUCCGCCGCGCUCGAGGCGGGCGUGCCGCUGAGCAAGUUCAUCGUGCGUCAUUGCGGGCCAGCGCAGUCGCCGCCCUCCACGGAUGCUGUGCCCACUCCCGCGAUCCCGAAUGGCAUCCAUUCGAACGCGAUCGCUGCACACAUGGGCGCGCCCCAUACCCUUGGCGGUUCGUCGGCGUGGCCGUCGCACCCGCAGACGCCCACACACGCGCAGGUUGGCCGGAUGGCGGCAAUGGUCACCAAGGUCGCGGUGUCGUUUGUCGAGAAAUAUGGUACGUCCGCGGAGGCUGAGCCUGAUGGGGGUGAGGGGCCUGAGGAGAUUGAUCUACAAACCGACUCCCAGCAGACACCGGCACAGAUGCAGGCAUCUGUGCAAAGCGCCAGCGAGAAGCGCGAAGACGUCGGAGGCGAGACGGACUCUGGCUACGAGCAAAGUCCUCUGCGGGAUAAGGCACCGGAAGACAACGAAGGCGCGGUACAUAUCGAGAUGGGAGACGAGGAAGCUGAGCCCGAGCAGGAACAGGAGGCAGAGGAGCAGGAAGAUCUGGAUGCAGAGCAUCGCAAGGUGCUCUCGCUCUUGGACAUCCGGCGGUUCGCGCGCGUGCCCAAAUGGGUGCGAGACCUGGCACAUGGCACGGGCAGGCAACCUACGCCGUUUUCGUAUGACAGAUUCAGCGAGAAUCUGAAGAAGGAGGAAAGGAGGGCGAACUAUGCGAAGCUCACCGUCGCAUGGUUGUUUUUCUUGAUUUUCUGGUUUGUUGGCUCAGGCAUUUUUUGUGCUACGGAAGGCUGGUCCUAUGGUAUUGCAAUGUACUUUUGUUUUGUCGCAUUCACGACGACAGGUUACGGCGAUUACUCGCCCCAAACCCCUGCCGGGCGCUCGAUCUUUGUCGUCUGGGCAUUAUUCGGUGUUGCGACUCUUACUAUUCUCGUAUCAGUGAUCCAAGAGGCUGGCUCCUCACGAUACAAGGAUGUUCUGCACUCCCGCGUCUUCGAGAAAGCCGUCAAGAAGUACCGCAAGAAGGAGGCGAAGGAGGCCGCUGAGAUGCCGCACACUCCUGCGGGCCUCCAGACCGCCUACCUCAACGCAAGCAUGAAUGUGCUUUACGGCGGCGCUAACGGAGUUCCGAACGGUAGAGGUGUCACGAAUGGGAACGGGAAUGGAAACAUCAACGGGAAUGGCGACAGCAACACAUACCCGUCGACCCCUGUCGGCGGUGCGAUACCCUCGCCCUUCGAGGCCAUUGCCGCACGUCUGGGAAAGUCCCAGGAGGUUGCGCAGCAAGAGCUGGAGGCGCUGCCCGAACAGAUCAUCAUGCAUGCGCGCGCGUUCCAUGAUUACAUGGAGUACUUUGUCGGAAACAAGUAUGGUUCGAUACAUCUGCAAGGGGAUACUGUCCCUUCGCUCGUACCUGAUGAGCUGAAGAUGCUGCUGGAUGACAUUACUCAAGAGGAAGGCACCUCGGAGAGGGUAAAGCGAGAAAUCUUGCAAGAUAACGAAGCCAGGAAUGUCUUGUUCGCGCUUAGUGUUGAGCGUGCACUGAAACGCAUGAUCCAAGCUGCGGAACACGCACUCACAAAGAUAUCUGAGCGCGAUACACUCAUGGCUCUGCAUGAAGAACGACAAAAAGAACGCGCAAAGCGAGCCUCUCGGCGAAGCCUGUCACGGUCACGAAGUCUUUCCGUCUCGCGCUCCGUACGCUCCAUACGCUCUGACCACUCUGUGCGCUCUGUGCGGUCGGACAUCAGCGACGAUGAACCGCGCAGCGGAUACUCCACCGCCGAGGAAGGACUAAGUCCCAUAAGCCCCGUGCGGGCAACGGAGUUUGCCCCACCAAAACAUCCAACUACAAUGCAUUCUUUUGACCGCUCCGUCCGCCAUGAUUCUAUGUCUCGUUCUCACGCUCGUGCUCGUUCCGUCAGCCUUGUCCCUGUGCGCCUCGGCUCGAGACAGGACACCCAUAUGUCUGUUCAUGUCGCUGCGGAGCAGAUGGCCUCUGAGCACAGAACGUCCAGACAGGACACUCCCGUCCCCGAAACAGCUGAAAUCAUUACACCGGAGUAA